AUGACGACAUUGUUGGACGCUCUUCGCCAGACCAGUCAAGUUGACUGCGAUACUCUUGAUUCGAAUGUCGCUCAUGAGUUGGGUCCCUUUGUGGAUUGCACAUCUAACCAGGCAAUCGCAUUCUCGGAGAUCUCGAGACCGCUUGCUGGUGAACCCCUUUUGCAUCACGAUGCUCUGGUAAAAGAGGCCAUUCAAAGUGCCCGUGGGGCACUGAAAGAGUUCCAAGGUUCCGCGACGUUUGAGGAGUUUGUUGUACAGAUCUUGACCAACCCAAAGCUGUCCUACUCAACCGACGGCACCAUUAGUGACGCCUAUCGUAUCGUGAAUAUCUUUAAACACCUGGCGCCGGACUUCGACGAGAAGAGGGUGUGCAUCAAGAUCCCCGCAACCUGGGAAGGUCUCCAGGCAUGUCGAACUCUUGAGAUGAAAGGAAUCGCCACUCUUGCGACCACCAUGUUUUGCAUGGAGCAAGCGGCGUUGGCUGCCGAGGCCCAGUGUACCUACAUUGCGCCAUAUGUCAAUGAGCUCAAGGUUCAUUUCGAAGCUGGCUACGUUGACGAAAACAAAGCCUUUGAGUUUUGUCGCGAAGCACAAGCCUACUACAUUAACCAUUCAUUCCGCACGCAAUUAUUGGCGGCAUCACUCACAUCUGUGGAUGAAGUGAUGCAGCUUGCCGGAAUUCAACAUGUGACGAUUUCACCGAAUUUGCUCAAUGGCCUCGCUUCGACUCAAUUGUCGACCUGGAAUGGCAAACUUGGCGAAUACUUUGCGCAAGGCCCCACAAACAAGAGCUGGGAAACGAAAGACUACAAUGCCCUGGUUAGGGAUGAAAGCUCAUGGAGAAUGGCUUUCACCAGAAGUGGCUUUGGUACGAGUGAAGGUAAGAUUAUCCAGGCCAUCAACUACUUCGCCGACUUCCAAGACAAGCUUGAGGAACUUGUGAAGCAGCAUGCUGGAUGA